AGCACGUCCCACGCAUCCCUCGGGGCAGCAGAGCAGGUAGAUUCUCUGCGCCGCCACUGCGUUGUUUAUUGUCAACUUGUUGGUCUACUGCCUCUUCGUGGUGUCCGAUGGCCAAUCUGUGACGAAAGAUUUGGCGAAAUCUAUCGAUUCCUACCGUUCAGUAUAAUCCUUCACCAGACUCGCCAGUUGUCGUUGCAGGCGUGUCGAACGGAGCUCUGGUCUUCAUGGUAGAUUCUCAGCGGAUUCACCACAUUCGAUCUUAUCCCCUCUGACGUCACCGCCGGCCCGCCGCCUCAAGGGGCGCACCAGCCGCCCCUCUCAAAGCGACGCGCCCGUGUUGUGAAAUCUCGUAACUGACUCCUCGUCCUGGAUUUCUUUACCUUCCUCCUCCUCCUGAUCUCUCUGUCUCUCAAACCGUCUUCCUCGUCGAUUUGAUGAGCAAAACGAAGCAAAGCAGGGUAAUUCUUUCGUUAAUCUCUCUCGUAAUCUUUGCGAUCGCCCUAUGGUCAACCAAGCCAUGGACUACGUUCGCGCGCUCGAGGAGGAACGCAGGAAGAUUCAGGUGUUCCAGAGAGAGUUGCCUCUUUGCAUGAAACUCGUCACUCGAGCCAUCGAAAGAUUGAGGCAGCAGAUGGAUGAUAGGCCGGUGCUGGAAUUCAUUCCGUUGAAGCUGAGCUCGUCGUCUUCGCCGGAAGAUAGAUUAAGAGAUUCUCAUAUGAGCACGCCGGCAGCGGCGGCGACCAGAUUUUCUGAGAAGCUGGAUUGGCUUAAAUCGGUUCAGAUAUGGAAUCAGAGUGCGGAAACGGAGGCGGCGCUUCUUCUUCCUCCUCCUCCUGUGAAGCCGAUAGCAGUCAGUGGUAAUGGAGGAGACGCAUUUCAUCCUUUUGCAACAGAAAAUAAAAUUGCCGCACCGGCAGGCUCAAAUGCUAGCAAGGGAGACGCCUGUGGCGGUGAAGACAAGAAGGAAGGUCAGCUUCAGGCUCACAGGAAGACAAGGAGGAGUUGGUCGCCGGAGCUCCACCGCCGGUUUCUCCACGCCCUCGAGCAGCUCGGAGGCUCUCACGUUGCGACUCCAAAGCAGAUCAAGGAGCUGAUGAAGGUGGAUGGCCUCACCAACGAUGAAGUUAAGAGCCAUUUACAGAAAUAUCGACUAUACAACCGGAGGCGAAGCCCUGAAGAUAAAAGAACUGAAAACAUCCAUCAUGUUCAACAGUUUGUGUUAAUUAGUGGCAUGUGUGUUCAACCUCAGGAAUCCACGGCAGCACCUCCUGCUGUUUGCACCUCUGGGGCUGCACUUGCAUCAGACUUGAGAUUCAAGCAGCAGAAGCAGAGUAAGACACAAUCAAGAGGAAAUGAUGAUGAUGGUGCAUCCAACUCUUCCUCUUCACAGACAACAACAGUCUCACCUCCUUAACGGAGACCUCAUUCUCCUAGCCAUGGAAUAAAAUAGACAGUGAAGGUUGCUGAGCAACUGUUUAUUUGAUAUAUAUAUAUAUAUAUAUAUAUAUAUAUAUAUAUAUAUAUAUAUAUAUAUAUUCUUUCUGAGCUGUUAACUAGUAUUUGAAGCUCCCUUCCGUGAAAACGGAGAGGGAGAUGGAGGCACAAUGACAUCUAACAAAGAUUUGCAAAGAAUGUUAAGCUGAAGUUACAAUGUGACAUACAUUGUAUGAAGGCUGACUGAGUUUCUCUAUGGAGUGUGAUGCAGUGAUAAAAAGUGACCCACUAAGUGUGGGUCAAAAGACAGAGAUAACACUCGAUGUGAAGGUCAGAGUUAAGGACGUCAAUGCUAGAAAACCAACGGACUCACCAAAGGGGGAGUCGAGCGGAUUUCUCCUGCAGUGGCCGAUCGGGCAUGAACUACCCGACCGGCAAAGGACUGGUCCAAACAGAACACCCGUACAACCAAGAUCAUCAGGCGCUCAUCAUGGAGCAGAGGAAUGUUGGGACGACCAGAGCGUUAAUCCGGCCGGAUGGAAACAAGCUACCAAGUUGAGUCACCGCAGGGAAGAGCAGCCAAGUUCGUCCGUGCGGGGGAGUUCCCAGCCGAGCGACUAUCCCGCUCGGCCGAGCAGAGAGAUCAUUGAUGUAUCUCUUAAUAUCUUUUUGGGAGAUAGUGCCGUUGACAUAAGGCAUGAUCAACAGACGGAUCGUACGACGGAAGCUUCUAUUAUCUUGUCAGGGAAAUACAUACUCUGUUAAGAUAUAGUGUCAGAGACAUUUUCUUGACAGAUCCUUUCAUAAGACAAAUUGGAGAAUAUGCAUAUACCUCGAGGAGUGUGCACAUUGUCCGCUGGAGUACUAUAUAAAGGGGGUCUAUGCACCGGCAGAGGUAUGCAUUAUUCACUAUUCACGAAAAUAUGUACAUAUGUAUAGAAUCUGAUUUGGGAGAUAAAGUCUCCCAAAUCGAAAGUUAAAUCACACAAGGUAGCUAGGAGUUUAUCCUCUACAGUUGAGGUAAACUCCUUGAUCACAGUUAAGUAUUCUUACAAAAGCAUGCAAACUGCCACACCAUCAUGCAUCACAUGCCCACUAUUUGCCCGUCGUGAACGAGCAUGGUCAUGCAUCAUGUUUCCAAAACAUCAUCAUUCCCAGUUUGCUUCACUGCCCGCCCAACACAUUAGCCUAACUUCUCGGCCUAUCGUUCAACUCGAUAGUUCAGUCAGGCACCGAUCCACCAUCUCUUCCUGGUCAGUUUUAUUGCCAUUUAUCAUAAUGGCCUAUCAUUUGGACUGGUCAGUCUUCCCAUCUAGUCAUACAAACCAUCUAGCCGAUCAACCUCCUUCGUCCAUACUCCAUCGUCCGACCUGCUCCAUCAGCUUUAUCUCUUGGCCGAAUAUUAGUAGUCCGGAUAUCCUAAUCAACCAUUUAUUCCCUAAUCUGCCAUUUAUGCCCUGGUCAGCCAUGCUUGUCCCGGUCGACUAAAUGUCCUGAUCGGCUACAUGUCAAGGUUUGUCUUUUAUGUCUCGCCCGGGUAUUAGUUGCCUGACUUGUUACACUGCACAUACACAAUCAUAUCUCGGUCAGCCAUACACGCUC